GAGCAUCUGCGGUCGUACCACCACCUGAAUGUGCCCAAGCGCCGUGCGGCGACCAAGCGGGUGACAAAACGGGCCUAAGAUGCGACGACAAAGUCUUGGCUUCGUCGAUGUUCUCCUGUACCUUAUUGGCUUGGAUGUUUUCUUGCACAUGUUUCAUUGGCUACUGGGAGGCAAGUGAUCGACCGCAUGUCAUUGAGUGACGUGCUUUGUUUUUAUAUUCCCCGCACCCAUUCCUGCAUAUCAUAUUACCUCUGUCCAUUACACACAUACAUAUCUUCUACGAAGGGUCUUGGCUUCCGGGCCCUGAUCAUAUACAUCCUCUUACCUUUGUUUCUUCCCUUCAGCUUUUCAUGUACGGAUGACGACUUAUGUACGGAUACCAGACCGGCGUUACGAGAUAGACGGUGCAUUGCAUUGUAUCGUCUGUGUGUUUUUCUUUUUUCUUUCCUGUUUGUUUCAUACUUUCUUCAGACCACGACAUGGGCCGUCUUGAGGGACACAGGACCGCCGCAACAUGUUCGAUCUUCUCUUCUCAGUCCCCCCCCCCCACAAUUGAUAUUCUACUUAUAACCCUUAUUAUCACUGUGGCACAUACAAGGAAGGCGUUCCGGCAUAAUCGAAUCCAAUUAUUUCUCCAUCCCUAUAUGAAUUCUCCUGUUAAGUUAC